AUGAAUUGCACCGAAGAGCCAAGUCGUUUUGCUGAAACUGAUUUUCUUUCAUCAUUUGCAUUUUGGACAUUAGGAGUCAUCAGUAUUAUUUUGUCGCUUUUUGCCAAUGCAGGAAAUUUAAUUAAUUUAUUUGUUUUAACUCGACGUCAUAUGCGCUCGACCAUGACAACGCUUUUAGUUACACUAGCAUGGGCUGACCUUGUUCCGCCGACCGUUGUUUCAUUGAAUAAUAUUUUAUUUUACUACUUUUUACCACAUCUAAAUGAUUCAUCGGCAUUUUUAACAGUACAUAUUGUGACUCGAGCUCUAUUCAAUGUUUUAGCAAAUAUUUUUACAACAUUUAGCAAUUGGCUUGUCGUUUUAAUUACAACAUUUCGAUUGAUCGUCGUCAAGAAACCAUUAGUUGCAAAACAUUAUUGUAAUCGUCGUACAGCUCGUUAUGCAAUUAUUCUGAUUCUCAUGCUUUCAAUAUUUAUUAAUUUUCCAUUAUUCCUUUACACUAACAUACAAGUCUAUUGUACCAAUGACGGUACUGUAAAAUAUUACGGUCUUGAACUAUCAUCACUAUUAAAUGUAGUACUUUACUCACGUCUCUUUUAUCCAACAGUAGUUAUUGUUUCGUUGCUUAUUCCAUGGUUAAUAUGUUUUCUAAUUUGGCUAUUUUUAAUGCGAGCAUUACAUAUGUCGCAAAUAAAAUUACGGAGCAAAACGGCGAAUACAACAUUUGCAAAUGAUCGUAAACAACAUACAUAUGUUCGAAUAACAUUAAUGAUCGUUUGUGUUCUAUCUGUUUAUAUGGUAUGUCGUAGUGUACAUUUGUUCGAAGUUGUACAUUUAUCUGUAACACAAUUAUUUAAUUUGAACCGAGCAUUUUAUUUUGAACAAAUUCGAAUGAAAUUAUUUUGUAUAUCAAAUAUAAUGUUAACCAUCAAUCACGGAGCAAAUUUCUAUAUUUAUUCAAUAAAUCCGAAGUUUCGUGCAACACUAAAAUUAUAUGUAGUCUAUUGUUUCCGUCGUUGCAGAAUAAAACGUCGACGAAUAUUUACAAUAUUUCAUUUACGGAAAAAAAGUGCAAGUGACAGCUUAGAUGGUUUAAGUAUAACAAAUGACUUACAUCGUUCAUUGAUGUUAACAUCAACAAAUGGACUUCUGAUUAGAAAUGAUAAUAAUCUUAAGUUUAAUAAUGACGGUUUAAAUUCUAAGCGAAGCGUGAGAAAAUCACAACAAAUUUUCAAUUUUGUUGAUCGAAAUUCCAAUGAUGAAAAUUCAGAGAGAAGUGAUGUAUGGAGAGAAUUCGAACAAAGACUAAAACAUUCUCCUCAAAGUUAUUUUCGCUAA